CCAUGCUUGCAUGUUAACUGUAAACAGAUAUCCCUCAAACAGUGAGCCUGUGGAAUAAGCACUGUCAUUUAAUGACCAGGGUAAGGUUGGAAUGUGCUAUUGUUCUGAGGGGAAACCAUGUACAGUAUGUCCGUGACACCAACGCUUCACAGCCCGGUUUCAGUCACAUGUCACAGCGUUUUUUUUUUCAGAAAAUGAAUGAUACAUGUUUUCCUUCACACAGUGACAACAAGCGUGGUGGAAUAAUAUCACACUCGUCAAAACUGUUCAUUACCUUGAUGCCAUUUACUGGAGAAAAAACAAAAGUUAAUAGAAAAACUAAUGAAAGAUGCUCUUUGUUUCUUCGAGCCAGGGCUCAGAUGAGGUAAUCAUGAGUUAUCUGGGAUGAUAAUCUCAUGAUAAUCUUUCUCUCACACUCGGAAAAAAACACACCCAUCCUCCCUGACAGGAGGUGGUCAACACCUCAUUCUACUGAGCUCAUAAAUAAAUAAUAAAGUUGUCUGUCUGUCUGUGUCUGUCAUGCUCCUGUUUCAGUGAUCCCUUCCUUUAAAUGACACAUGUCACUGAACCAGGAGGUGUUUUUCAAUUUAUCUUAUCAAUAUAUCAUAAAUCUAAAUAAGAUAAGCUAGUAAGGAAUUUACAAUGUUACAGCAGCAAAGACAGUAAAGAUAAAGAUAAAUAAUAAACAUGCAUUACCAAAAAAUGUACAGUAUAUAAAGAUAUCAACACUCAAACUAUAAAAAAACAAGUUAAAAUAGAAUGUGGAAUGUACAUUUAAGUCUAAAUCUAAGUUUUUUAAAAACCCUUAAUUGUACUGAGAAUCACUCCACAAACCUCUUUUUUGCAAAGCUCCUAAGUGCAGGGUCAUGACCUUUGGCCAACCCGUUUCACGGCUUGUGCUUCAAACCUGUCAAAAGUGUAUCAUUGUCUGCACAUCUACACACACAUGCUUCACUAUCAUCUGACCUUUCACUGGCUCUAUUCUGUCAGCAGAUGAAGGAGAGGAAAAUGACGGAGAUGAGGCCAAGCGCAAAAUGAAGCCUGGUUUCGUCCCUGGCCUGGCAGCUCCAAAGAUCCCAGAGGGAGAAAGAGUGGAUUUCGAUGACAUUCAUCGGAAACGAAUGGAGAAGGAUAUGAAUGAGCUCCACACUCUGAUUGAAGCUCACUUCGAGAAGCGCAAGAAGGAGGAAGAAGAGCUCCUGAGCCUCACAGAUCGCAUUGAUAAACGCAGAUCGGAGAGAGCAGAGCAGACGAAGAUCCGAGCGGAGAGAGAAAGAGAACGGCAGAAUAGACUCGCUGAAGAGAAAGCGAGGAAAGAAGAGGAAGAGGCCAAGAAGAAAUCAGAUGAUGAUGCGAGGAAGAAGAUGAUUCUGUCCAACUUGAGCUUCACUGGAUACAAACAAACACAACCUGGAGCAAAGAAACAAACCGAGAGAGAAAAGAAGAGGAAGAUCCUGAACGAUCGACGCAAGGAGUUGAACGUUGAUCACCUAAGAGAGGACAAGCUCAAGGACAAAGCUCAGGAGCUGUGGGAGACGUUGCGUCAGCUGGAAGCAGAGAAGUUUGACCUUCAGUGUCAGAAUAGCAAGCAGAAAUAUGACGUCACCGUGCUAAGGAACCGAGUCAGUGAUCAUCAGAAAAUCUCAAAGGGCGCCAGGAGCAAACGUGGUCUGAGGAAGUAACAUUGGACAUGAACAAGAGGAAAAGAGGAAACGUGGCUUCAUCUGACAUCAGUGAAUUCCAAUGAUAUGUAUACAAUGUAAUACUUGAACAUGCAAUAAAAAGUUACAGUUCUGAAAAUAUUA